AUGAGAGGGGCUAGAUGCGAAGAGUUCGUUACGAAUCCGGCAACGCCAAACUUUGGGCAGCCGACACCGAUUUACCCCGCCGGUGUUGUUGUUGGCGGCGGCGGAAGGAAAAAAGGCGUGGGAGCGAGGCCGUGGCUGGUGGUUAGCUCGUCGGGGCAGGCACAACUAAAAGAAGUCGGAAAACAUAAAAUCAUGGGGCAAACGGGAUUACCGGCACGAGAUCUUCGGAUUCUCGAUCCACUCUUGUCGUAUCCAUCUGCUGUUCUGGGUCGAGAGAGAGCGAUUGUCAUCAAUCUGGAGCAUAUCAAGGCAAUCAUCACCGCGCAUGAGGUUUUGCUUCUUAAUUCCAAGGAUCCUUCUGUGUCACCGUUCAUUGAAGAGUUGCAGAGGCGGAUUCUGGACCACCAUCACGGCAUUAAACGUCAGGAGGGAGAGAACUCUGAGGGAGAGGCUCAUACAAAGAUUGAUUCCUCCCAUGGAGAAUCUCAAGGGAGUGAAGCAAUGAAGGAUGUGAAGCAAAGCCUUGAGAAUCAAGGUGGAUCGAAGGUUUUUCCGUUUGAGUUUGUUGCUCUGGAAGCAUGUCUUGAAGCUGCAUCCAGCAGUUUGGAAAGUGAGGCCGUAAGAUUGGAGUUAGAGGCUCAUCCAGCUUUGGACAAGCUUACUUCCAAGAUCAGUACCCUCAACUUAGAGCGUGUUCGACAGAUUAAGAGCAGGCUGGUUGCAAUAACUGGACGUGUUCAGAAGGUAAGGGAUGAACUAGAACAUCUGCUAGACGAUGAUGAAGAUAUGGCUGAGAUGUAUCUAACGGAGAAGCUAGCUCAGAAACUUGAGAAUUCAUCAAAUUCCUCGAUGAAUGAGAGUGAUAACGUCGAGAUUGAUCUUCCUGAAGGAGACGAGGAUGACAGGCUUCCUCCUGAAUUCGCAUCGGAUGCCAACAGAGAUGAGAGCUAUCUUGGAGCAGAUGAGGCUCACGAUCUUCUUAUGAGUGCUCAUAGCGCACUUAGCAGAAAUAGCCGUGGGACUCGUACAAGCUCAACCCAUAGCAGCAUGAUCAACAAAUUCGAUGUGGAAGAACUCGAGAUGCUCUUGGAGGCAUAUUUUGUGCAGAUCGACGGUACACUAAACAAACUAUCAACACUAAGGGAAUACGUGGAUGACACAGAGGACUACAUCAACAUAAUGCUGGAUGACAAACAGAAUCAUCUUCUGCAAAUGGGUGUGAUGCUAACAACGGCUACUCUGGUGAUAAACGCCUUUAUCGCGGUUGCUGGAGUAUUCGGUAUGAACAUUAAGAUACAGCUGUUCAAGGAUGAGGUAGCUGGUCCAGCAAAAUUCCUUUGGACUGUGAUCGGAGGUACUCUCGGAAGUAUAUGCAUCUAUGUUGGUGCCAUCGGGUGGUGUAAGCACAAGCGGUUGCUUGAAUGA